GACGUCUUUUGCCUGUGCCGGGACUCUCCACACGGGCCGUUGAGGCCCCGAGUCUGGGGCGGGGCCGGCUUCCCGCGCGGCUCUUCGGAACCGAGCCCGGAAGGACGGUACCGUACGCGCCUUUGUUACUCUCCAUGAGCCCCGUCGUGGGACCGGCGGCCUUGCGCGGAGGUGUCGGCUGGAGCUGGGCCCUUCCCGGGGCCUUCGCACACGCGCGCUGCCCUCGGACGCCCCGGCCGCGGUACCCUGAGCUGUGCGCGUUUGUACCCGGGGGAGACGGGCUGGGAGCGCGACAGUCGGCCCGCGGGCACCGUGCCUAGUGGAGCUUUGGGGUUCCGGCUGAGCCCGCAGGGCCUGCCCGCUUUGCCCGCUUCUCGCCACCCGGUUCUGCUCACGGGAUCCCAUGGAGGCUGCGGCGCGGACAGACGGGGCUCAGGGCUGUGUGACCUUUGAGGAUGUGUUCGUGUACUUCUCCCGGGAGGAGUGGGAGCUCCUUGAGGAGGCUCAGAGACUCCUGUACCGUGAUGUGAUGCUGGAGAACUUUGCACUUGUGGCCUCAUUGGAUUGUUGGCGUGAAGCAGACAACGAGGAGACGCCUGAGCAGAACGUUUUUGUCGGCGUGUCGCAGCUCAGGACUCCCAAGUCAGGUCCGUUCAUCCAGAAAGCCCACCCGUGUGAGGUGUGUGAUCCACUCUUAAGAGACAUUUUGAACUUGGUGGAAUGCCAGGGAUCACCCCCCUUGCAGAAGCCGUACACGCGUGGCCCGUGUGGGAGAGGAUUCUUACUCAGUGCGGACUUUUACCGGCACCAGAAGCGAUGCAGUGGAGAGGAUCUCUUUGGAGGGGACGCUGAUGGGGCCUCAUACAUGAAGAGCUAUGCAGUCCACGUGCCAGGGAAACCCUGUACUUGCAGGGAGGAGGGGAUGGACUUUCUGGGCAGCUCUGGCCUCUUCCAGUGUCCUACCACCAGCAAUGGGAUGAUUCCAUACAAAAGGACUGAGUGCAUGGAAUCUUUCCCAGCCAGCUCCAGUGUCGGCCGGCAGCAGACAGACCAUGAUGGACUGGUGCUCUUCGGUUGCACUGACAGCGAGAAAGCCUUCCUGAACACCUUUACUCUCCUCGGCAGCCAGGUAAGUCAGACUGAAGUAAGACCCUUUCGAUGCCCGCCAUGUGGAAAUAUGUCCAAGGAGAAAUCAGCUCUUAUCAUUCACAGAAAAAUUCACAGCGGAGAAGCAUCGCAUGUGUGUAAAGAGUGUGGAAAGGCCUUCAUUCACCUGUCUCACCUAAAAAUGCAUCAGAAAUUUCACACUGGAAAAAGACAUUACACAUGCAGUGAAUGCGGGAAGGCCUUCAGCCGCAAAGACACACUUGUUCAGCACCAGAGAGUCCACACUGGAGAAAGGUCUUACGACUGCAGUGAGUGUGGAAAAGCCUAUAGCAGAAGCUCCCACCUUGUUCAGCACCAGAGAAUUCACACCGGAGAAAGACCUUACAAGUGCAGUGAGUGUGGAAAAGCCUUCAGCCGGAAAGACACACUUGUGCAACACCAGAGAUUUCACACUGGAGAGAGGCCUUACGAGUGCAGUGAGUGUGGGAAGUUCUUUAGCCAAAGCUCCCACCUUAUCGAGCACUGGAGAAUUCACACUGGGGCAAGGCCUUAUGAAUGCAUCGAAUGUGGAAAGUUUUUUAGCCAUAACUCAAGCCUCAUCAAACAUCGGAGAGUCCACACGGGAGCAAGGUCUUACGUGUGCAGCAAAUGUGGGAAAGCUUUCAGCUGCAAAGACACACUUGUUCAGCACCAGAUAAUUCACACUGGAGCCAGGCCUUAUGAGUGCAGCGAGUGUGGGAAAGCCUUUAGCCGUAAAGACACACUUGUGCAGCACCAGAAAAUCCACACUGGAGAAAGGCCUUAUGAGUGCGGUGAAUGUGGGAAAUUUUUUAGCCAUAGCUCCAACCUUAUUGUACACCAGAGAAUCCACACUGGAGCGAAGCCUUAUGAGUGCACGGAAUGUGGAAAAUGCUUCAGCCACAAUUCCAGCCUCAUUCUACACCAGAGAGUUCACACUGGCGCAAGGCCUUACGUGUGUAGCGAAUGUGGAAAAGCCUACAUCAGCAGCUCCCACCUUGUUCAGCACAAGAAAGUUCACACUGGAGCCAGACCUUAUGAGUGCAGCGAAUGUGGGAAAUUCUUCAGCCGAAACUCUAGCCUCAUUCUCCACCAGAGGGUUCACACUGGAGAAAAGCCUUACGUGUGCAGCGAAUGCGGGAAAGCCUACAGCAGAAGUUCCCAUCUUGUCCGGCACCAGAGGGUUCACACUGGAGAAAAGCCUCACGAAUGCAACAGUUUCGGUGCUCCUUCAGCUACACCUCUUAAACUUGUUUAGCGUGAGAAAGUUCACACUGGAGAAAGGCCUUAUGAAUGCAGAAAAUGUGCUGUCUCCUUGUUCGACCUAAUAGGACUCACACCAGAGAAAAUCUCUGUGAGUACCCUUUGGGAGGGAACCAUCAGCCAUCAUUCGUACAUGUAUCAUGAGGACGUUCCCGAUAAGAAGCAUGUAGGUGGGAAGCUUUCAUGAGGUACACUGCACUUUGUAGACUACCCAGGGCUCUUGACAGAGUUCUGUCACUGCCAGUGCCUGUGGCGGAAGCCAUCUCUUUGCUGCCAGCUGUCAAGGUCCCACAGUGAGUGUCAGUCACUCUGAUAUGCUCAGGGAACGCAGACCCCUGGGCUCUCUCUCCUGUUCCCUGGAGGGAAUCAUGAGUGUUCUGAGCCCUGUGAGGUGCUCACUUCCUCCCCCAUGGCUGGAUUCUGAGUGGACGUGAUCCAGCUCUGGCGAAAAGGAUUUGAACUGGAGUCUGCUGGGGAUUUCCAGACAGGAUUUCUCUUCAUGAACAAUGUUGACUGUAAACACAAUAACCAGGACUCCUUCGUCUUGCUUCCACAUCACCUGACUUUAGAACUGCUUGCCUCACGCUGCUCUCAUCUGCAGUGAUACUCGUAUGUGUGUGUGUUGGGGGAGGGGGGUCUCUUUACUGUGUGCAAUGGAUUGAGAAAAAGUUGGGUUCUUCCAACAUGAAGGGAGGAACACCUUUUGUCGGCACCAACUUUAUGUGCCUCAGAAGGGUCAACAGGAUGGCAGAGAAAAAUCUCAGUCUCGGCCUGAUUUCCAUUGUUGCCCAAGGCUUUGCUAGAAAAGAGUGAAGAGCUUUGGGUGCCUCAUCUUGUGGCCUGGAAGGCAAGUUUCCUGUGAGCCCAGAGUUCAUUUUGAGGAGGGCAUAGUUGGUGUGAUAAUCCCCAGGGCUUCUGGAAACCAUACGAAGUGGGUCUCUUGUUUCUAUGGAAUUUCGCAUAGUCCCCAGGACUUUUCAGGGAUUUCUGUCUCCUGGAUCAGCCAGUCCCUGAUGUCCCUGAUAUCCAGAAUCCCACAGGCAAAGUGUUCUUGCCUGGAAGGCCCACAGGGCAAGGCGGGGAUCAAAACAGGUACAGAAACACUGAGAUAAUGGAGUGGAGGUGAAUGUGGCAAAUGAGAGGAUAUGUAUCUCUUCUCCAGGAGGCAUCUACAGAUGCCCAUAUGAUUGUUGAGGGAUGAGAGUGUAUAGAACUUCUUAGGAUCUUCAGACAUCUGUAUCUCCUGUGGCCAAGGCUACUGUCAGUGUCUAAAGGUUUGUGGAUUCCUGUACCUCCCUGGGCUGUUGAGGUUGUGGCCAUCACUACACAGGCAGGAACCUCAGCACUGACAAAGGAGAGCUCCAAGGAUAGGGCUUCUCUGACUCAGCUGGCACUCCUAGUGCCUGAAGUGGGACGUGGAUUUCACUGCUCUCCAGUUUUUGCUGACAUUGAGGCAGGGCUCAUCCUCCUAAACUGGGGAGAGGGAUGUGGUAGAACCAAAAUAGUUGUCAGAUGUGACUUUCCGAGAGGGACAGUCAAUAUGAACUUUAUGGGGAACACUUAAUUCUCAAAAACUUUGUUGAGGUAUGAUUGACAUGAAAUAAACUGCACAUAUUAAAGUAUGAAA